GUCUGUUGCCCAGUUAGUUAACCAUUAAAAACUGACUGAUCAGUCCGGCCGGCCAGGUAAGGACCACGGUAUCCUUUUACGUUAGUUUUAUUAACCACGGGAGUUGAGUGGAGACCAAUGUUCGACAUAAGCGUCGCACCUCCAGCACGUUGUUCUUUCUUCGCCGGCUGCAUUGCUUUCGGUCUGCCAAUGCUACACAGCUGAAAGGUUUAGUAUUCGACUGUUCGCGAGCGAGAACGGACGUGACGUAAACUGCACAAGACAUACCUCGUGCACUUCUCUUCUGUUGACAGAACAGUAACGGCGUAUAUAUUUCGCGUAUAUUUUAUAAUUAUGUAUGUAGUUAAAAGUUGCAGUGUUCAUUAAAUACCGCGUUCUUUUGUCUUGCGAGAGAUUGUCAUCAAGUUUUUCCGAUUGCGAUCGAUCCAUUAUAACAGACUGUCUUAGAUAGUUUUCUUUUGUUGCACCGUCGUGGAAUAAAUAAACCGCAAAAACGCAGGAGGCAGUUGCGAGUGCUUGGCUCUAUACCAAACACAUUACCCGAAGUAUCAUCAUGAUAAACAGAUAAUUUGACCGAAACUUGACACUGUUAAUAUCAAAAUGAAGUUGAAGCAUUAUCCUGGAAAAGCUGUCCUGGACGAUCCCGCGUGGUUGGAAAUGGAUGUACCCAACAGCACGAGGAGCCGAUUGUACGAAGCCAGUUGGGAAGAUACCCAACGAAAUUUAUCGAUACCCAACUCAUACGAGAGUGAGAGUAGCUCAGAUUACAAUUUCGGGUCAAAGAUGGGCAAAUACCAAAACACUUUAGAAAGAAAAAAGUACAGGAAAAAUCACAAAAGCGGAUCUGGUUCUGAUAAAGGUAGUAGCAACGGAAGCAUUCGAAAUCAUCGUUACCACAGCGACAAGUACUUAUCCCAUUUCAAUAACAAGAAUAAAACCGUAAUGGAUGAAUGUUACUUUAGCCAAAAUUCAUCAACCCAUGAAGUGUAUGUAACGAACAGUAAUAAUGUUACGUUGGACAGAAAGCCGAAAAUUACAAACGGUCAUCUUAGUCGAAGUACAUCGUUUCAUGAAAUGGCCACCCCUAAGUCCACCACCCAAAAAAAGAAGGCUUUUGAAAAGAAACAAGGUGGCGAAUGUACCGUACACCAAUUCGGUCAAAAUAAACAAAAUAUUUUAAAACCAACAGCAAGAAGUGUUGCUGUCACAAAAUCAGCGUCAGAAAAAAAUUUAUAUGAUCUCAACAAAACCGUAUCGCCUUUAGAAUCUACCCCAAAUUAUACCGAUUCGGAUGAAUAUGACGAUUAUUAUCAUAUACAUCGAGAGAUGAACGUAAGUAGUUACAGUAACACCAACUGGUCAUUUAUAAAACAACCAAAUCCCGACGUUGUUAUGAACGGCGAGCCAAAUCGUUCUGAAGAUGCUGAAAGUUCAGAUAGCGAAGAGUCUACGGCGUCUUGGAAGAAUUUUGACGAUAACCAGCAGGGCUACGGUAAAAUAAUUAGAAAACAACUGAAAAGUAAAACUGAAGACACUCCAUCUGUACAUAAAAGUACCCACACUAUUACUAAUGGGCAUCACUCUCCGCAAUCAACCAAACCCUAUUUGGUUUUUUCCCAAAGUGAAUUUAAUCCCAUGGAUUACUUUGGUAACACCACCAAGGAGAGCGACGGCAAAGAAGAUGCUCCACAAUCUCAACGUGACAUUGAUGUAACAGAAAACUACAACGAAACUGAAAAUAGUUCUAAAGAAAAGUACGUUUUCGAUCCACCAAUGGAAAUACCUAAACCAAAACCUCGUACGAAAAUUCCAAAUGGAAACGCCCAUGCUUACCGUUACAAGGAAGUCGUUAAUGAUCUUGAAGACCAUCUUACAAAAAAGUCGGUAAGAUUUAACGACAAAAGUACUGAAAUAGGAACCAGCAUUCAAAAUACAGAUGACCACAUUUACUUGGAAGACGAUAAUUCUUCUGAUUUGCGAUCCUGGGAAACUUCGCAAAUCCAGAAUGAUUCCGAUGAUCUCAAAGUUCCUUACAAUGGCGAAAACCAUAAGGAAGCCUUGUACGCUUUGCCAAGGAAAUUACAAAAAAGUGGAACUAAGUCUGACGAAGAUGGGGAGAAUACCGCAGAAACUAGAACACACUCUUGGGUAGACAACCAGAACGAUUACCUUCGAGACAACGAAGAGGGUUUCACAGGUUCGGCGGAGUCUUUGACGAAAAAUUUUACCAAAACUGGACCUGCUGGUACUGACGUCAGUUUGGACCGUAACGACAGUGGUUACUACGAAUCUCCAAAAAAGAUUCGACAAAGAAUUCCCCCGAAAAAUAUUUACUGUUCAUCUAGUAGUAGCAAUUCCGAAGACGAAGGAGACGGGAGCAUCGAAGAAGAUGACGAAGACUUCCGUAACAGUUCCGAAAAAGUCAAUUCCGAUCAAGAAAUGUCACCAAGAAACGACAUUUACGACAUUUACAAGAUUGGUGCUAAUGUGCAGCAGAAAUUCGUAGACACUUUGAGACUAGAAAAUCGUCCUAGCACGAAGCAAACGAAGCAAGUCGCGGUGGUGUCGCAAGUGACCGACGUUGUUAACGUUAGUGACAGGGACAGUGAAAGGGGUAGUCGGGUGAGUGAAUUUUCGAUUCCACGACCAAAAUUGAUAGUGCCUGUGCACACGUACGCAGUUCGAAAACGGAGGACCGGAAAUCUGUUACGUAAAAACAGUCAGUUGACAAAUUGUACUCUGGUUUCGUCUUCUGUGGGUGGUGGUGAGGCAGAGAACACUAUAGAGGAUAUUAAAAUGCAAGGUAAAGGUCUAGAUGAUGGCCCCCCGAAGGGGGUGGAAGUGGGGGAUGUCGAAAGAGGAUGUCUCCCAACCACUGUACCAUAA